AUGACUUUGCAAACCGAGUACCCUGAUGAAUUGGACGGCAGUGCUGCAGAGGACGAGAGCCAAAAUCACGGUCCAGUCGCCACGUUAUGGCUUCGACUCAAGAGCAGAUUACAGAUCGGCAACGAGGGGGAAGCCACUGAAGAGGAUUCAGCACGGGCUCGGCAAAUAACCCAAAUCGAAGACUUCCGACCUGGGUAUCCUCGGUUCGCAGCUCUCAUUGCGUCGCACACAUCCUUUCACGUCUGCCGGCGCUUCCUUCGAAUACGCGCUCGAUUGCUCCUGCUCAAGCAAGAUGAACUAUCGUUACUUGAAAGCCAACUUGAUCGCAUCGACCACGAGGAGACUCGGGAGUUGUUCUUGGGUAACAGACGCCGGGAUAAGAACCCGGAAAGAAAAGAGAUACUCAUGAAACUCGAGGUCGCCCUGGCCAGCUAUGAUGCCAUACUAGAAAGAAACCGCAGGAUUCUCGCUUUCGAUAAUCCACGGAAGAAGGACGUUGUGAACAUUCAGAAUUGGGUCGAGAACACAUCCAGUCUGGCUCGGGAAGAGACUGCCUACCUCCUGCAGCCCAAGGACUUGAUGACGAUACUCUCACCCCAGGAUGCCGCCUUGGCCCGUCUCACACCGCUACUUGAGGGAUUCAUGCGCACAUUGUAUAGGGUUUUCAGGAAGAUAAUCAUUGUGAUACGAUCCAUUACUAAAAAUCCAUCCGCCAUCCAGCCUCAGUGCGACGUCUCUCGUGAUCCCAAUAUAUCCCUGUUCUCCGACUCGGUACUACAACGGCUGACACGAUCACUAAUCGCCUCGGUCGUCGUCGUUCUCCUCUUAGUGCCUAUUGUCGUUCUCAAUGCGCUUGCCAGCAUUGCACUUCGGAUGGCGGUAAUCGUGGUCGCCUCGGCGUUUCUCAUCGUAGCGGUCUCAAGCUUCACCAAUGCGAAGACCGUCGAGGUUUUCGUAUCAGGCGCUACGUAA